UUUCAGAUAGCUAAAGAUGCAAAAGAAUGUGUCCAAGAAUGUGUUUCAGAGUUUGUGAGUUUCAUAACCAGCGAAGCAAGUGAAAGAUGUCACCAGGAAAAGAGAAAAACAAUAAAUGGAGAAGACAUCCUCUUUGCUAUGUCCACUCUAGGGUUUGACAACUAUGUUGAACCUCUGAAACUGUAUCUGCAGAAGUACAGAGAAGCUAUGAAGGGAGAAAAAAACAUGGGUGUUGGACAAGGGACAGACUCUUCGCUAGAUGGACUCGGUGAAGAAAACUUCUCAACUCAAACCUUGACUGGUGAAAUGCUGGGAGGAGAUCAAAAUGGCCAACAGAGUGUAAUAUAUGCCACAGCAUACCCUGCUCAGGUAUUUAUUAUUGUAUCCCUUCUCACAGAGGAA